CGCGCGCGUCCGGGCGGAAGCGGCGCGCUCGGCCGCCCGCACGUGGGGUCCUUAGCCAUGGAAGGGGCCCCGCAUUCCCAGAGUGGCACUGAGUCCAGUCCCAGGGCCCACAGCUGCAGCCUGAGGCACUUUGCUUGUGAACAGAACUUGCUCUCCCGGCCGGAUGGCUCCGCUUCUUUCCUUCAAGGAGAUACCUCAGUCCUGGCAGGUGUGUAUGGGCCAGCGGAGGUGAAGAUGAACAAGGAGAUCUUUAACAAGGCCACCCUUGAAGUGAUCCUCAGGCCAAAGAUCGGGCUGCCUGGUGUAGCUGAGAAGAGCCGGGAGCGGAUGAUCAGGAACACAUGUGAAGCCGCAGUCCUGGGAGCCCUGCACCCCCGUACCUCCAUCACUGUCAUCUUACAGGUUGUCAGUGAUGCUGGCUCUCUCCUGGCCUGUUGCCUGAAUGCCGCCUGCAUGGCACUGGUGGAUGCGGGUGUGCCCAUGAAAACUCUUUUCUGCGGCAUCACCUGUGCCUUGGACUCUGAGGGGACCCUCACACUAGACCCCACAGACAAGCAAGAAAAGGAAGCUCGGGCCAUCCUGACCUUUGCCCUCGACAGUGUGGAGCAGAAGCUGUUGAUGUCCACCACCAAGGGGCUCUACUCUGAUUCUGAGCUCCAGCAGUGCCUGGCCGCAGCCCAGGUGGCCUCCCAGCACAUCUUCCGCUUCUACCGGGAGUCACUGCAGAGGCGCUACUCCAAGAGCUGAGCAAGCCAGGGCACAGCACCCCCCGCUGUCUGCGCCUCCCACCUGAAGCCUGCCAGCACCCAGCCUUCAUUCCCUGUCAGGGUGCCCCUGCAGCAUCUAGUCCUGAGUCCUGUAGCCUGCAGGGGCUCCUGUGUCUAGCCUUGGCACCUGACAGUCCUGGGCCUAGGGCCCAGAUUCUCCUCCUCUGUUACACACACACACACAAACAAGAGUAACAUUAAAGAAAGCUUGUCCAGUUUGGA